UUAGAUUUCUAAUGAAAAUUACUAUAUCCACAUCUCUCUGUAUGUGUAAUACAUAUGUAUGCAUGCAUGUUUAUAUGCAUACAUAAACGUGUAGUUACUGUAUUUUUAAUUGCUUUGUCGUCCUCUAAGCAAACAAAUGAACACCCUUAAGUGAACCACCAGGAGGCGCCAGGAGCAGCGAAAAACCUGCGGCACCUUGGCGGCAGAGGUGGAGAUGGAUGCACCGGCGACGGAAGAAGCCAGCUUCCUUUUUUAAGAAUCAAUGCGAACAGGGGGACAGGGACACGUUAUUUUAGGGAGACCUUGUCGCACUCCCCCUCCCCCGUGUAGGUAGCGUCUGAGAUGUAUGCACCCUGUUCGUAGGCUCCCAUGGAGAGACGCUGGCUACUGCAGCCUGCCGUAACCCGACCCCGCCGGCGCAGGGGGUGAAGAGGCGCGGAGAGCCGCGACUGGUGAACAAAAGCCCUCGGCGUGGGGGCCGGAGCCCGGACCUGGGGGACUCCAACAAAGGACGGGGUUCAGCUAUGGUGGACCCAGUGCCAGAAGAGGAGAAAGAGGGAGCGGAGCCGGGUGGCUCAGAAGGGGAUGAGGCCACGGCGUCCGAGCCCCCCGAUGCCCAGGAAGCCCAGCAGCCUGCUGCUUCCUCGGCCUCCGCCUCCGCGGCGGCACCCCGCAAGGCCGAAGUCCCCUGCGGGGCAGAAGGUGGGCAUCGGGAGCAGUCCCCGCUGCUGCACCUCGACCUCUUCAACUUCGCCUGCCCCGAGGCAGAAGGCAGCCGCUACGUCCUCACCAGCCCCCGCUCGCUGGAGGCCUGCGCCCGCUGUGCGGUCAAGCCAGUGGAGCUGCUGCCUCGGGCCCUGGCCGACCUGGUGCGCGAGGCUCCGGGCCGCUCCAUGCGCGUAGCCACUGGCCUGUACGAAGCGUACGAGGCGGAGCGGCUGGCCAAACUGCAGCAGUGCCGAGAGGAGCGCGAGCGCAUCAUGCGCGAGGAGAAGAGGCGCCUGUUCACGCCCAAGGGACCCGCGGCAGCCCCAGCCCCAGGCUCGACCUCGACCUCCGCGCUGAGCGCCGGCAGCAGCAGCAGCUGCAGCAGCAGCAGCCUCCCUGCCUCGCCCGCAUCACGAGUUGCCCGAAGGACUUCUCCCAGUCCCCCCGCCAGGACCCGACCUCCGCCCGCGGGUUCUCGGACAGGUAGAAAGAGCCACUCGCUGGACUCUCUGUCCCGCCGGAGGGACGGGGCCCUCAGCUCCGAAUCCGGCGCCUCGUCGUCAUCCUACAGCGGGGAGAGUCUUCGGGAGCUUCGCUGGCCACCUCGAGCUUCAGCCAGGAAGAGCUGCCCUGCCGGGUCUGCGUCGUCAGCACCCAACCCACUAGGUCGCCCUUCUGCCCUCGCUCUGGUUCCGCUCACCGCCCGCAGCUUCAGCCUCGGAGACCUGAGCCACUCGCCGCAGACCGCUCAACAUGUGGAGCGCAUCGUCCGCCAAGUGCGCGCCGAGCGAGGCCUGCGCGGGGUCCCCGAGCGCGACCGCAAGAUCGCCGCCCUCAUGUUGGCCCGACACCAGGAGCAGCGCCUGUUGCUAGAACAGCGCGCCGCGGCCCACGGCCAGUGGGAGCAACAGCGCGUGCGCGCCGAGCAGCGGCGGGAGCGCGAGGAACGCGAGAAGCAGCGCGCGCUGGAGCAGGGCCGGCGUGCCUGGGCCGCGCAGGUGGAGGAGCGGCGCGGUCGCCGGGGCCGGGAGGAGCGGGAGGCCGCGCGGAGGCGACAGCAACAGUGUGAGCGCAGCGAGGAGCGGCGGCGGGAGCUGGCGGAGCGCCAGGGCCUGCUGCGGCGGGAGCGGGCGGAACGCGUCGCGCGUGACGACCGGCAGCGCAAGCUGCAGCAGGAGCAGAACCUGAAGCAGCGGGAGGAGGGUCUGCAGGAAGGGCGGGAGCGCGCGGAGCUGGUCCGCAGGGAGCGCGCCCAGCGGGCGGCGCGCGCCAAACAGCGGCAAGAGGGCCAGCUGCAGCGCGAGAAGCGGGAGCUGAGCCGGGCCGAGCGGGCGCGCCACGAGGCGCUGCUUCGAGGCCGAGUCCGGCAGCAGCACGAGGAGCGCGAGGGUCUGCGGAGCUCCCUGGAGGCCAGCUUGGGCCGUGUUCAGGAGAACUAUGAACAGCUGAUGGAGCAGCGAGCCCGGGAGCUGCGGGAACGGGCCCGGAGAGAGGAGCUGCAGGGUCGGCGGGCUAAGGAAGCUGCCGAGCGCAAAGAGCGGGAGCAUCAGGCACACUUGGAGGCGCUGGCACGGGCUGGAGAGCGACGGCUGCAGCACGCGGCGCAGGUGGCCGAAGAGGCGGUGCAGCAGAAGGCCCGGCGCGUGGUUCAGACACGCCUGGAGAAGGAGAGGGCCCAGCGCGCCAACAAGGAGAAGGUGGAGAGAGAUGAAGACUGCCGCCGCCGGGAGCUGCUGCAAGCCAUUGGGCGCAAGCUGGAACGCAGCGAACAGCUGUCUCGAGAAAGGCGAAGUGCGCUGGAGAGCGCUCGCUCCACAGCCCGGGCCUCCUUUCACGUGCGGGAGAAGGUGCGGGAGGAGACCAACACGCGAUCUUUUGACCGUAUGGUGCGAGAGGCCCAGCUGCAUGCCAGCCUGGACCGCAAAUGACAGCCACUCUGUGCAGGGGGGACCUCCCUUAGUCACUUUGACCAAACUCCCGGCAUCUCCAGUCCAGGAGUCACAGCAUGAACUCAUCAGACUAACGAAUCUAGACGCACUGAGAGGCCAGAGGUGGAACUUUUCCAU